CAGUUCAGCGUGAACAUCUGUGUUAUUCCCGCUGGAGUAUUGCCAGUUGCAGAAUCUCAGGCCAGGCCAAUAAUUCCAAGGCAGCGCGCGGAAAUGACAGACGUUUUACACAAGAACUUCAAAGCAAAGAUGUCAGUCAAGAAAGCAUGUCUAGCAGGAGUCUUUUCAUGGGUCCUGGUCCUGGUCCUCUGCACCGUACCUGUAACAGAAGCAGACUACACAGCAGCGGUGGUGGAAUACAAGGCUAUAUCAUGGCUGUUACCCUUCGUCAACGAAGAGCAGGCCCAUGCCAUCAUCGAGCUCAAUCUAGAUGCCUUCAAUUACCUUGCUUCUGAAGCUGCAUCAAAGGGAGCAGAUAUUCUGGUCUUCCCAGAGUAUGGCAUCACAGGCUUUGUUGAAGAAGAGAGAGACUAUGUUGUUCCAUUUCUGGAAACUGUCGAAGAACCAUCAUUUCACAAAUCAAAAGGCUGCAUUCCCUGUCAUGAGAAGUUCAGCACACAAACAUUAAUCCAGUAUAGGUUAAGCUGCAUCGCACUCAAGCACAACAUCACUAUUGUUGCCAAUUUAAUGACUGUCCAACCUUGUGAUAACCAAACCGACCCUCGUUGCCCUCCAGAUGGGCGCUACCAGUACAACACUGACGUCGCAUUCUCCAACGAAGGUGAGCUGGUGGCGAAAUACCACAAGGAGAAUCUCUACACCGGAGAAGCGAAGGUAUUCAAUCCUGGACACAAUCAAACAGAGGUGGCAGCAUUCAAGACGAGCUUUGGGUAUUUUGGUCUCUUCACCUGCUUUGACCUUCUGUUUCCAUACCCGGCGGAGAGACUUGUCGGGAAGCUGGGUGUGGACACCAUGGUGUUUCCGACGGCGUGGAUGAACCAGCUUCCGUUGCUGAGUGCGGCAGAGUACCAGCAAUCCUGGAGUCUGAGUUACGGGGUCAACCUCCUCGCCGCCAACCAGCACUACCCCAUCGCUCAGAUGACCGGAAGCGGGAUCUUUUCACCAACCACCGGUGCUGUUGAUUACACCUAUGAUAUGAAGUCAUUCUUAGGGAGAAUGCUGGUUGCUAGGGUCAAAAGCAGUGGUCAGAGGUCAGCUAGAGGUCAAUUCGCCGACUUGAAUAAUUAUUCACAGUCAAAGCACUCCAAGGGCCAAGGCAUAACUUCUGCAGGUAUUGAUGGAGGCAUAAACUCAGGUCUACUCUCUGGUAUUCAACGGGAUGAUGCCCAGUUCAAAGAGAAUCAACGCAGUGCUACACAAAAUCAGUCUUCAGCAAAUUCUUUUGAUGAGUCAAUGGAGAGUACUUUUAGGCAGGUUCCUCAAUACUUCAUCGCACAGAUGAACGACGACCCCUACAACCUAACAGUGCUGCAAGGAACAAAAGGACGAGUCUCUGUCAGCAACAACAACAUAACCUGCACCGUUGACUAUGUCCGCGAGUCCGACUCUGAGAUGUACGCUCUGGGGGCUUUCGAUGGCCUGCACACGAUGAACGGUGACUAUUACGUUCAAUGCUGCGGCCUGAUUCGCUGCAAGUCCAACACCGACCCGUACCAGUGCGGAGCCGAAAUGAGCGACGCGGCAACCAUCUUCCAGGAAUUUGAGCUGCGGAUGGAGGGGCAGUCCGAUCAAACGCGGCUCUUUCCUGAGGUACUGACGUCCGGUGUGAGACUUCCUCAGGUGGGUAAGGAAUGGGGUUACUCUGAAAAGAUGCAUCAGAUAUGGAGCAGAGGGGGAACCUUGAUGGAACCUCUGUUAGCAGCAAACAUCUUUGGUAGGUGGUACCAAAAUGACUAACUUUGAAAUAUGUUGGAUGAUAGGAAGCACUAGGGUUGAGCUUAAAGGUAUAGACCAGUUUUGGAAACGCCCCCCUCUCAAAAAAUGAAAUGGAAGGUCUUAUCACCAAAGAAAAGAAC